ACAAUUUGUUUCACGGGGGGAUUCUAGUUCAAAUUAAACAAUGUCUACUGAAUCAGAAACUGAGGAUCUUAAUGACGAUCUGACAUACCAAGAUAUUUCUGAGGGAUCGUUCUCAGUGGGGAAAUUUCUUGGACCUCCUCAAACUGUGGGUAAUGAGCAAAGCCUCUUCUUCUCCUGGUUACAGAACCGACUGCGAGAACACUACCUCAAAUUAGAUGAACAUCAACGUCAAGCGAGAGAACAUGGGAAUUAUGAACCCAUCCUCCAAAUUGACGAGUCUGAGAUUUGUUUUCAUGAACUGAAAUUAAUCGACAUACACGAAGAUACCAACAUUGAACUGCAUCCAGCUAAUGUCGAUUGCAUUGUGAAAGACAUCCAGCUAAAUUGUGAUCAGAAGGAUCUUUAUGAAACUGCAACUCGGAGAAUUACAGUCACUUUCCAGCGAAAUGGUGUCACUUCUCCAGUUGAGACGUUGCAUAUUUUGAUGGAAAUUGGAGAAGUACUUGAUGUUGGACUUUUUGAAAAAUUAACCCAGCCAUUCAUAGCAUAUUCUGAAAAACAUGCAAUUAAUGUAUUUCGACACGUCUUUCCUGCAUUUGAGGGAUGGCUUUACGUGAGAAAAGGCGAGAUUAAACUUCCAAUCCCGACAGCAUACUAUUCUAGAUGCGAAGAAGAUAAGAAAAUGGACCUCGCUCGUUUAAUGGAGGAAGAAGAAGUCGUGGAAAAUAACAUAUUGAGCAAGAUUGCUGCUGUUUUGAAAAAGAAUCGAGAUAAUGACGACACUAUAGAAAGUCACCGCCUCAUAAUUGUCGAGGAUUUGGUCAAGGAGGGAUUUGGUCGGAAAAAUUCCACUGGAACGUCAUUCCUCCCCCUGAUGAACGUCAUGGCUGGGUUGAAAGAAAUCGCCAAACUGCACGCAGUGUCCUGGUCGUUUUCAAAAUCGACGGACAAGCAAUUGUUCGAACAUUGGCCUUUUCUCGAAAUGAAAAACUUUCUCCCAUUCAUCAAUGAACGUGUAGCAAUAGGAUUUCCGGUCCUUGCCACCUUAGCCGAAGAAUAUCUCAUCAAGUACAAAGCUGAGGACAAGGAUCGCAUUCUGCAACGCCUUCAGUUUAUAAGUAAGAAUAUUUCAACUGUGAUGCCCAAACUGUUUCCUCCCAACGCCGUGCUGACUUCUUGGGAACGGAACCCUGUGACCUUAGUCCAUCAAAAUCUCAACUACAUGACCACUCUCUUUCGCCACACCACAUACAAAGCUAAUCAAGUAGAGGCGAAAGAAAUUGAAUUGAAUUCCAUUGAAUCCAACCCAAAGGUUGAGGGUUACAUGGGUUCGAACCUCUUGAUCUAUCGGGAACUGCGUAUCGACAAUUGGAAAUUUGCCACAUAUGGCUCCCCAAUGGUUGACGUGGCGUCAUUCCUGCUCACCUCGUUGCCUCCGAAAAUGAGACGCGAGGAGACGGCAUUGUUGCUGAAAUUGUACUCGGAAGAGUUUCAGGGAACUUGCACCCUGUUGGGUCAGUCGCAAAAUAUCUCUUGGAAAUGGGGUGACCUAGCUGAAGACUUUGAGAGAGGUCUCCUCUAUGCUGCCCUCCUCAUUUCGGCCACAGUUACACCAACCACAUUUGUUCCAGAGGAUGACAUGGAGGUCUUUGUGGAGGUGAUGCGAGAUGUGGUUGCAUUGAAUAUUGCAUAGAUUAAUAAAAUUAUUAUAUUAAUGCAAAAAAUAUUGGAGUUAUGUCGUAAAGUGUUUAAAUAAAAGUAUGUAUGAGGUGAAAGUUUUGAAAAAUGUGAGACAGACGAGAAAUCGCAUCUCAAUC